GCUUAGCUCAAUUAGCUACAAGAAAAAACAUCAAACCCCACACCAAACAAAGAAGAAAAAUGGCAUCGACCAAUAUUCCAAAGCUGGCUCUCGGUUCUUCGGCUGGUCUCAACGCCAUCCCUGUAAUUGGCUUUGGAACAGCUUCAAACGACUCAGAUUCAGCUCCCAUGAAAAGGGCUGUCUUGGAAGCGAUCAAGCUGGGCUACAGACACUUCGACACGGCCUCUUUAUAUGGGUCCGAACAGGGUCUCGGGGAAGCCAUAGCCGAAGCUCUCAAACUCGGCCUUGUUGCUUCUCGAGAUGAGCUUUUUAUCACUUCAAAGCUUUGGUGUUGUGAUAGCCACCCUCAUCUCGUUAUCUCUGCUCUUAAAACAUCACUCGAGAAACUUCAACUGGAGUAUCUGGACUUGUUUCUGAUACACUUUCCCGUGAGCUCAAAGCCAGCUGAGAACAAGGUGUACCCCAUAGAUGAAAAGGACCUAAUGCCAAUGGAUUUUAAGUCUGUCUGGGCAGCCAUGGAAGAAUGUCAGCAACUUGGCCUUACCAAGUCCAUUGGUGUUAGCAAUUUCUCUGUCGAUAACCUUCAGAACAUUCUCUCUUUUGCCACUAUCCCUCCUUCUUGCAAUCAAGUGGGGAUGAACCCAACUUGGCAACAAAAAGAGGUAAGAGAGUUUUGUGGUGCAAAUAAUAUAAUUGUGACUGCCUUUUCUCCAUUGGGAGCUAAAGGAGCUAAUUGGGGUUCCAAUUUGGUGGUUGAUAAUGAAGUACUCAUAGAUAUCGCCAAAGCUAGAGGAAAGAGUGUUGCUCAGGUUAGUCUUAGGUGGGUAUAUGAGCAAGGUGCAGGUGUUAUAGUCAAGAGUUUCAACAAGGAGAGGUUGAAGGAGAACCUUGAUAUAUUUGAUUGGGCACUAACACAGGAUGAUCUUCACAAGAUUAGUUCGAUUCCACAGCACAAAAUGAUUGAUAGUCCGUCUGUCUGAUCAUGGAGCUUUUGAACUUUGGAACGCGCGAUCAGAUUUUAAUUCCACAGCACAUAUAUUUACAGUACCAAUUUCCUUCUGUCACUCGUGUUAUCAAGGAGCCAGGGUUCUGGUGUUUAAUGGCUUUAAUUGUAGAUUGAUUAGUAGAGCUUGUUAUGUUUCUGCCCAUCUUUUGUGUAAUGCUGGAAAAUAGAUGAUGUUCCUGCCACUGUGAUGUACUGUCUUUUGGCUGAUAUAGUCUUUGAAUAAUAUAUAAUCCAUCUUUCUGAGAAAUUAAAAAAAAAAACACAGUUUCUAUA